AUGUUAGCUCUUCUCGCCGUCUCGCUCGCAGUCACCACUGUCACCGCCCAGUACGGAGCAUCCAAUGAUGCUCCCGCUUCUUCUUACCCAACGGGCCCGAUCUACGCUCCGCCAAUCGUCUUUGAUGACCGCUACUGGGAGUUUGACAGCCGCGAACGUCACCACAAGAGUGAGCUCUGACUGAGACAGAAAAAUGCUAUUCUAUUAUUGUUUCAGAGUGCCCGGAUCUCCGCACCUACUUGGGAACGUUGCCAGGAAUCCCAGAGCAGGCUUUCUACCCUCCGAUCAUCCGCUACGCCAGAUUCGGCAGAACUCUGACCGCCCUGGUUGUCUGCGAUAGAGACCCCAAGAACACCAACGUCCUCUUCGGUAACAUCACAACUUCUCCAAUCUUCCUAUGAUUCCCCGAUUCCAGCUCGUCGCAACGAGACCCGUGACAUUCGUUCUGCGCGCGUCGCCGCGUUCGGAACCACCGCUGGACUCAGUCUGACCUGCGAUCGCAACGAGCGCAGAUACAUCGGAACCGUCAUCGACAGCACCGAGAGCGACUUCUCCAAUGACGUUAAGAUCACGCAGUUCACGUGCCUCGGACUCAACAAUGUGCCAUUCGUCGGGCUUCAGGUCGAACUUACCAACAAGGAAAUCGCGCAGAUCAUCUCCGGUGUGCUGGCUGCAAGUGGAACCAGAAGGAAGAGAGAGGCUGUUGAGGAGGCCACCACUGAGGCUGUUACUGACGCCGCCACCGAUGCCGCCACCGAUGUCACCACCGAUGCCACCACUGACGCCGCCACCGAUGCCGCCACCGAUGUCACCACCGAUGUCACCACCGAUGCCGCCACUGAUGCCACCACCGAUGCCGCUACAAACGCCGCCACCGAUGCCGCCACCGAUGCUCCAGCAACCGCUGCCAGCAUCGAGUCGAUCGACCUGACCGACGGACUGUCCAAAGAAGAAGCGGCGCUCGUCAAAGACCCACUGACGGCCGUUCAAGUGGCUAUCGCCAACAUCGCCAAACUUCUCGGAAGAGUUCUCUAA